CAACUCUUUCAGACCUGUCGGUGUGAUGUCGUAUUCUGCUUUUUUGCCUUGUUCCAUUUAACGGUCAGGAGAAAGCAGAGAUGGUAGUAAUUUAUGGUAGUAAUUUAAUGCUUUCUUGGGUUUUCACCUUAAACGCGUUAGCUUGGACUUUGGAGAAUACCUGUAAAAGUUUAGUUGUGUCAUAUCAUGUGGAGGUGGAAGCUAUGAUACAAUAUAUUUUGAUAUGAAGGAGAUCUAUUCCUGCCAUGUCCAUCUUUUAAAUGCGGCUUCAGAAUAACACCCAGUAUGUGACGCAACUAAUUUGGUGAGGAUACUAGUAUUUGAUAUAGUGUACACUGUGCUAAUGCAAUCCUAUAAUUUGAAUGCUCUAGCACAAGUGAAAAUUCAUGGCUGUUAAAAUGACAUCAAUAUUGUGUCUGCUAGUCUCCAGGCAGUGGGUGUUUUUUUCCAAAAAUGAUCAUAAAUGAUGGGUUUUCGUUACUGUCUCAUCAUUCUUGUCAUCCCCAUGAAUUUCAGUUAGUUUCCCAGUACAUGCACAUUUACUCAGAAAUCCUUAAGACUCUUAAGUUUGAGCAUGAGUUACCUGAUUUAUCUUCGGAUUAAUUUUCUUAUUAUAUUCCGAGUUAAAGGUAGUUCUGAUUUGUGCCGGCAGUCCAGCAGAAUAUCCUCUGACCAUCAAGGAUUUCUGGAAGUCACUGAUAGGAAAAACAUUAUUGACACUUUAUUCCAUCCUUUUUUGUUGGGGGCAUUAAUAGCACAAACAACUUGGAAGAACCAACUGCAUCGAUUAGAGUUUUUUGGGAGCCAGUGUCCAAUGUUGUCCCGCGUCAAUCCUGGACGGGUGAGUUGGAUGCAAGAUUUGCAUUUGCUUUAUUUUAAGAAAGUGGAUGCUGUCAGGCUAGUGGUCAGGCUAGUAGCCAUACACUCACGCUUUGUGAUCCAAGCUUUAUUGAAGUUGUGUUCUGGACUUGAGAAAAUUAGAAGAUCGAAUGUUCUAGUGCGGUCUAUUUAUGGUUGAGUUGGGAAAGAGGCAUGAUACUGGGCUGACUUGAUAAAAGUGUUGGAAAUAAUGGGAAUUAGUUGGACUCAAAAAAAAUUAAGGGCAAUUUGAUUAAGAUGACGCAAGGGUUAUGGCAAUAGAGCAAAUGAGAAAUUGAAAACAGUAAAAGCUUUUACUAACUAGAUGUACUUGAUUUGUGUAUUCUGUCAAUCCAGCAUAUCUAGUGGUUUUGUAUUUCAAUUUUGUAAUACUUCCACAAAAACACACGAUAAGAAGCUGUUCAUUUGACAAACAAAUACAGUUGAUUGUACCUGGCAUGUCCAUUUGAGCUCGUUAAACUACAGCAUAACAGCAUGCAAUACAAGUUUAGAGCAGAUGGCCCAUACUGUAAUUCUUCCUGGUGUCUCUAUGUGGCCUAUGUUAGUGCUUGAAAACAGGCCGUCAGUUCAGUUUGCUCAUUAAAAUGGAAGUAGCACACAAUUCAGAAUCUUAUCCCAAAAUGCCCCUAAACUCAUACCAGCCUACUCUUGCCCCAACUUUGCAUGGAUCAUCAUGGAAAAUAACUACCGUACAUGCUACCAUCCUGAUGGAACCCAAAACUUGUGGAAAAGUAGAUUAAGGGGUGUCAGAGGAAUCCCGCUUUGGUCGAUGGUUUGACAUCUUGGUAUGGUCAAUUAUCUGGUUUAGCAUUCUGAAUAUCUGUAAGAAAUUUAUUGGUUAGUUGGUUUUCCUUAAUUAGUUUCCCAGGUUCUAGCAUACACUGCUAGUGCUUGACACGGUAUUGAGAAAGCUAAGACCACUUUAAAAACAUAGUUGCAUUAACUUUAGCUUUUAUUCAUAUACUCCUGAAAAUUAACUUUAAGAACAACCCUCUCCUCUUGAUUCUGCUGAGUGUUGUGUUUUGUGGGAGGAUUUUUUUCCUCUUCUUCUUGUUGUGGGUUUGGAGAGA